AUGGCAAAAGAGUAUUGGGCCAUGGGCCUCAAGAGUGGCAAGGAUAUCUCGUAUGAGCCUGCCACGGAGGAGGAGAUCGCGACAGCGGAAGAGCAAGUCGGUGAGCUGCCUACUGAUUUUAUGGAGACGGUCCGAUUGGAUAACGGAUUCAAGGGCGGCUGCCACUUAUUUGCAGGUGGUCAAGCGGGAACCCGGAAUAUUACCACGGAGGAAAACGGCUUUGCAGAUGCUGGCUAUGAGUAUUACGAGGAUGAGAUGGGAUUCUACCUUUACAAUAUGAUCAAAGUUCAAUCUGGGACCUAA